AAUUGAGAAAUGCCAAAUUCUCUCCUAACAUUUUUGUAGAUGCCAUUGUUAAUAAGACGAGAGAAAAGACUUCUAAAUUGUAUACAUACAAAUACAGCUUAGCCAGAGAAUUAUUGCAACUGAGUGAAAAAAAACAAACCAAAAUGGUUACACAAAGCAUUCCAACUGUUGAUCUCUCUCCCUUCUGCCAUGAAAAUGGCGGUGACGAGGCUGUGAAGAAGAGAGCCAUAGAGGAAGUUGGCAGAGCCUGCUCUGAAUAUGGCUUUUUCCAAGUUGUGAACCAUGGUGUGCCCUUAGGUCUGUUGGCUCGUGCCCUUGAACUGUCCCAGUUAUUUUUCGAUUACCCAUUGGAAGAGAAGCUCAAAGCCAGUCCCAUUCCAGGAGCACCACUUUCUUUGGGAUAUACCAAGCAGAUUGAGCACUUGACUGAUAAUAACGAGUACAUACUCAUGUUCACACCUGAGUCAAGCUUCAAUGUCUACCCUGAAAAUCCCCCUGAAUACGGGGAGGUGUUGAGAGAGAUGUUUCCACACUUCAAAAAGAUAGCACUAAUAGUGGAAAGCAUUAUAAGCCAAUGCUUGGGACUUCCACCAAACUUCCUCAGAGACUACAACAACAUCAGAACUUGGGAUGUCAUGGCUGCUCUUCACUACACCCCUGCAACUGAUGGUGAUGGCAACGUUAGCGGACAAAGCGAACACAAAGACUCCAACUGCAUCAGUUUUGUGUACCAAGAUGAUGUGGGUGGCCUUGAAGUGAACAAGGAUGGGAAAUGGAUUCCAAUCACUCCCAACGAGGGCACACUCGUCGUCAACAUUGGUGAUGUUAUUCAGGUAUUAAGCAAUGACAAAUUCAAAAGUGCAACACAUAGGGUGGUGAGACCAAUUGGGAAAAGUCGAAAUUCUUAUGCAUUCUUCUACAAUGUGGAUGGAGAGAAGUGGGUUGAGCCAUUACCACAGUUCACUGAAGCAGUAGGAGAACCACCAAAGUACAGAGGGUUCUUCUACAAGGAGUAUGCUCUACUCAGACUCAAGAACAGGGAAGAACCACCUGCUAGAGUUGAAGACAUGAUCAACUUAAACUACUAUGCUAUCCCUACCUUAAAAAAUGGAUAGUUUUGUGUUUGAAAGGAUCCUGUGUCUCCAAAUCUCGCCAUGUUCUCUGUCCCUAGAUGUUCAUAAUCAAUAAAUUAUUGAAAAUCGAUAAUCUCAAGACAUGAUCUAAUAGACGUGAGUUUUUAGGACAGAGGGACAGAAAGAUUUGCAGAUGGAGGAUCUCGUAUGUCCCGUUGUAAGAUUUGUUUAUCUUGGUUCAUAUAAUGCCAAUGUUAAAAUAUGUUCUAUUUGGUU